UACAGCCGCAGUACUUGCAGCUAUGGCAUUUUACUGGGCCUUCGUACUUCUUCUGAUUUAUAGUAUAGACCACACAAAUGGAGUUUGUAUAAAAUCUUUAACUUUAGAUCACGGAAAGGUCACAUACAAGGACAAUGGAUUUUCAGUGCUGUUUAAGUGUGAUUUCGGUUACAUCCUGCAGGGAAGUGCAGAGCUUCCCUGCAAUGAGGAUGGUCUUCUUACAGAAUUAAAGCCAUUCUGUGCCAAAAGAGGCUGCAAAUUUGAAAACGGAACCAUUAUAAACUCUCUAAAGCGAGAGGUAUCAUGCCCGAAUGCAGAUUUGUUUGGACAUUCCAUUGCCUAUUGCGAUGGAGAAGAGUGGAGCAACGAGCUGGGAACAUGUGACACUCAACCCACACCAGCGUACUCCUGCGAUUUCGAGAACACGAAAAGGUGCAACUGGAUGCCGUUCCCGCGUCCUAGUCUUUGGAAUCGGGUCAGUGAUGUCACCCACUUCCAUUACGCCGAAACCGGACCCUACGACGAUAGCGAAUCCCAUGGAUACUACAUGCGGAUGUUGACCGGGAGAGGCAAGUCCUCGGACAGGCACCACUUGCUAUCGCCAACAUAUCCCAAGGAGUUCAGUCAGCACAACGCCUGCUUCUCGUUCAGCUACUACAUGUUCGGUCGCGGAGUGGAUUCUCUAGAAGUGUCCGUAGCACCAGACUCCAAUCCCAUUAAUGGCACCAUUUGGAAGCGUAUUAUAGCUGAAUCCCAAGCAGCCAAGUGGUUAACUCUGACGAUCCCAAUUCCCAAAAUGGAGCAGGACUUUAAAGUGGUAUUCACGGGAAAACACGCUAGGCGUCAAUUCGGGGACAUCGCCAUCGACGAUGUGAAGCUAAUGAAGUGUACACAGCUCAUAGGUCCCAACACUCCGGCUCUACCAACACCCGGUAUAGGAACAGAAUCGAAACCAGUAAAAUCGCUAUCACAAGUAAUUCCGCCACAACCAGUUCAAUCGCCAGCACCAGUUCAAUCGACAGCAGCAGUUCCAUCCCCAGCACCAGCUCAAUCGCCAGCACCUGUUCAAUCGACAGGUCAACCAAAGGCAUCAGUUCAAAAGCGAACGCAGAAACCGCCCAAACCCACCACUCAGAAACCAAUAUAG